AUGCCCCCCAAGGCCGCCGACAAGAAGCCCGCCGCCAAGGCUCCCGUUGCCUCCAAGGCUCCCGAGAAGAAGGAUGCCGGCAAGAAGACUGCUGCUUCUGGCGAGAAGAAGAAGCGCUCCAAGACCCGCAAGGAGACUUACAGCUCUUACAUCUACAAGGUCCUCAAGCAGGUCCACCCCGACACUGGUAUCUCCAACCGCGCCAUGUCUAUCCUGAACUCUUUCGUCAACGAUAUCUUCGAGCGCGUUGCGACUGAGGCUUCUAAGCUUGCUGCCUACAACAAGAAGUCUACCAUCUCCUCGCGCGAAAUUCAGACCUCUGUCCGUCUGAUCCUGCCCGGUGAACUGGCCAAGCAUGCCGUCUCUGAGGGUACCAAGGCCGUCACCAAGUUCAUCUCUUCCACGAAAUAA